AUGGUGGACACGGAUCCAAGGCUGGUCUUGGCGUAUUCGACGGCUUUCAACAUCAAUUUGCAGAAUUUCAAUACAGUCAGUGUCGAUGCAAUCAACAACCGCUUGACAUUGGGGCCCGGGGCUACCUUGGGUGAAAUGGUGACCGAGGUCUUCGCUGCUGGAAAGGAGAUACAAACUGGAAAUUCCUGGUGCCCCGGUGGUAUCGGCGUGACGCUCGGUGGCGGCAUCGGCAUGCUGAUGGGCUUACACGGGCUUAUGAUAGACGAUCUCGAGUCGGUUGAAUUGCUGACAGCCACAGGCGAGACGGUGACAGCGUCCGCGGACGAGAAUGCGGACCUGUUCUGGGGGAUCCGUGGUGCGGGUCAGACCUUUGGUAUCGUCACCGAGGCGACGUAUACCGUGCACGACCAAACCAACGGGGGCCUCGUCACCGAGGCCAACUUCUACUACACGGCGGCACAACACCGCUCGUUGUGGGAGCUGAUUGCAACCUUUGACGACGUGCUACCAGCCGAGCUGUCCCUGCAGACCGCCAUGUUGUACAAUUCCACGACCGGGGCAGCCACUCUCUGGCUGGCGGCCUGGUACAUCGGCAGCCUCGAGGAAGCACAACCAUACCUGGACCAGUUUGCCUCACUGGACCCGUUUGUGACCGAGAUUCUUAACCUCACGCAGGUUGAAGUAUACUACCAAUCGAUCACGAGGGGUGUAUGCGAGAGGGGCCAUACGCUCACUGCCUACACGAUGGGUGUUGGACGCACAGACCCAGACACCCUCGAGGCCCAUUUCGCCGACUACGUGGCCUUCUCCCAGGCCAAUCCCUACUACUUCAGUCAGUCCUUCAUGCAGUGGUAUAGUAACGGCGUGAACUUACAGACCGCGAACAACGCGACUGUCUUCCCUUGGCGGGACGUCCAAGCGUGGUGGUAA